GAAGAAGAUCUGGCAGAACUGGCUUCCCAGCAGUACUACGUGGACUAUGGGUCAGAGAUGGUGCUGGAAAGGCUGCUAAAUCUAAUUCCAUCCUACAUCCCAGACAGAGAGAUCACAACUUCAAAAACAGUGGAAAAAUGGGCUCAGCUCAUUAUAGCUGCACACAAAAAGGGAAUUUAUACUCAGAAGAGGGCAGACCCAAAAAAAGUCAAGGAAGAGGUAGUGGAUUUUGCACGUUUCAAGUGGCCUUUGCUGUUUUCUCGGUUUUACGAAGCCUUCAAAUUCUCAGGGCCAAGCCUGCCUAAAAAUGAUGUGAUUGUAGCUGUCAACUGGACAGGGGUGUACUUUGUGGAUGAACAGGAGCAGGUUCUCUUAGAGCUCUCUUUUCCAGAGAUCACAGCUGUGUCAAGCAGCAGAGGGGGAAAGCUGCAAGGGCAGAGUUUCACCUUGGCCACCAUUAAAGGCGAUGAAUACACUUUCACCUCCAACAAUGCAGAGGAUAUCCGGGACCUGGUGGUGACCUUCCUUGAAGGACUAAGGAAAAGAUCCAAGUAUGUGGUCACUCUCCAAGACAACCCAAACCCUGUGGGAGAAGAAUCUGGAUUCCUCAGCUUCCUGAAAGGAGAUCUCAUAGUUCUGGACCAGGACACAGGAGAACAUGUGAUGAACUCAGGGUGGGCUAACGGGUUCAAUGAACGGACCAAGCAGAGAGGGGAUUUCCCAACUGAUUCCGUCUAUGUCUUGCCUACAGUCACCAUGCCUCCACUAGAGAUCGUGGCACUGGUCACGAUGACCCCUGACCAACGACAAGAUGUUAUCAGAACCUCCCAGCUGGCAAUUUCAGACAGUGAAGAGAGAGUAAAGCCCUACACCUUGGAGGAAUUUUCCUAUGAUUAUUUUAGGCCACCCCCUAAGCACACCCUCAGCAGGGUCAUGAUCACCAAGAGCCGCGGGAAGGACAAACUGUGGUGUUAUACCCGUGAGCCCAUCAAACAGCCGUUGCUGAAGAAGAUCCUGGGUAGCGAGGAGCUGUCCCAAGAAGCUUGCAUGGCCUUCAUUGCAGUGCUGAAAUAUAUGGGUGACUACCCAUCCAAAAGGACACGCUCAGUUAAUGAGCUGACAGACCAAAUAUUUGAAGGUGCCUUGAAAGCUGAACCCCUGAAGGAUGAAAUCUACUGCCAGACCCUCAAGCAGCUCACAGACAACCACAUCAAGUACAGUGAAGAGAAAGGUUGGGAGCUGUUGUGGUUGUGUACAGGCCUUUUCCCUCCAAGUAACAUCCUCCUGCCCCAUGUCCAGAGGUUCCUACAGUCCCGGAAACAUCACCCCUUGGCAGCAGAUUGCAUCCAGAGACUCCAGAAAGCCCUGAGGAAUGGAUCCAGGAAGUACCCGCCCCAUCUGGUAGAAGUGGAAGCCAUUCAACACAAAACCACCCAAAUUUUCCACAAGGUUUAUUUCCCUGAUGACACUGAUGAGGCAUUUGAGGUGGAGUCCAGCACAAAAGCCAAGGACUUCUGUCAGAAUAUCUCCAACAGGCUGCUCCUAAAGUCCUCUGAGGGCUUCAGCCUCUUCGUGAAAAUCUCAGACAAGGUCAUCAGUGUGCCCGAGGGAGAUUUCUUCUUUGACUUUGUAAGACACCUGACGGACUGGAUAAAGAAAGCAAGACCGGCAAAAGAUGGUAUAGUGCCUUCCCUCACCUACCAAGUGUUCUUCAUGAAAAAGCUGUGGACCAACACAACACCUGGAAAGGACUCAAUGGCAGACUCAAUCUUCCACUAUUACCAGGAGUUACCAAAGUACCUGCGCGGCUACCACAAGUGCACACGGGAAGAGGUCCUGCAGCUGGCGGCUCUCAUCUACCGGGUGAAGUUUGAGGAUGACAAGUCCUAUUUCCCCAGCAUCCCCAAGCUCCUGAAGGAGCUGGUGCCUCAGGACCUUGUCCGGCAGCUCUCUCCAGAUGACUGGAAAAGGUCCAUCGUGGCAUACUACAAUAAGCACGCGGGCAAAACAAGAGAAGAAGCCAAGCUUGCCUUCCUAAAGAUUAUCUUCAAGUGGCCUACGUUUGGAUCAGCAUUCUUUGAAGUGAAGCAAACCACAGAGCCAAAUUAUCCAGAAAUCCUUCUAAUUGCCAUCAAUAAGCACGGAGUCAGCCUCAUUGAUCCCAAAACCAAGGAUAUUCUCAUCACUCACCCCUUCACCAAGAUCUCCAACUGGAGCAGUGGCAACACAUACUUCCAUAUAACCAUUGGCAACCUGGUGAGAGGAAGCAAGCUGCUCUGCGAGACCUCCCUGGGGUACAAGAUGGAUGAUCUUUUGACCUCGUACAUCAGCCAGAUGCUAACAGCCAUGAGCAAACAGAGGAGUGCAAAGGGUAGCAAGUGA